GAUGGGACCCAGGGCUAUUCCCCCAUAUAAAAGUAACCCUGUACCCCCUUCCCGUCCAGAAGCGCCGAGCCCCAAAGUUUACCCCCCUGUAUGUGAAGUGUACUCAUGCGUGUCCCUGUGUCCUGUUAGUAUCUCCCAGAGCAGGAGAUGGUUAUCAGUUCCCCAGCCCCCCUCCUGUAUGUGUGUGUGUGCUGUGCUGGAUGGAGACCCCCUGUGGGGGUCUGUGCAUAAAAAGCUGUAUGCCCAAUAAACAUUGUCAAAUGUUGUAUCCUAGAACUGUGUCCCGUCCUGUUACUGGGGAAAUGGGUCUGACCUACUCUAACCAAAGGGGAUAACAAGCCAGGUUACCCAGGUCCCGCUACAACUGUAAUCUUCUUUAAUGUUUACACAAUGUGAGAUUAUAUCUGUAAUAUGUAUGUGAUUUUAUCUGUAACAGUGUGUAAUAGGUACGACGUGUGUGAUUAUAACUCUAACCAUGUGUAACAGUGUGAGAUCGUGCCAACAUUAUGUCUCCCUUAGUUUUUUCCCAGUUUAGGUUGGUGAAUGGCGGAGGGACCUGUAAGGGAAGAAUCGAGGUGUUUUACAAAGAUACGUGGGGCUGGCUGAGUGACGAAUUGUGGGACAGGACGAGUGCCUCAGUCAUCUGCAGACAACUGAACUGUGGGCCUGUCUUGGAAAUCCUGAAAGGUGAUCCAUUUGGCCCUGGCUCUGGCCCAUUUCUGCAGAAAGCAGUCUGUACAGGGACUGAGGAUGACCUUGCUCAGUGUUUGCUGGGCAUGUGGACUGAAGAGGAUUCAAAAAGCAAUCAUCAAAGUGCAGGAGUGAGCUGCUUGACUGCAGGUGAGUUUGUAGAAAGUCGUGCCAACAUGCAGUCUCAAUGCAAUGUGUCGCUUAUUCCAACAUAAAAUAUUUCAGGGUUACGAAAUGAAUGACAGUUGAUCUAUUCACCCACAAUGAUAACAACAUGGUUGAUGUGAAAGGUCAUAUUUACACAGCCAGGCAGAA